AAGGUUCCAAGGAGAGAGCGAACUUUCGGCUCCCGCCUCCCGCUACCUUGACAACCCAAAGCCGGCCUACUCGGGAUUUCUGGACUGGAAGGAGCAUCUAAAGCCCUUUUGUAUCUAGAUACUUCCUCCUCAUAAUACUACACGAAGACUUUUCACCCCUUUCUUUCAUCCCCCUCUUAUACGCCAGGGUACGUCCUCUGGCCAAGGUACGCUGCCCAUCAUGACAGAUAAGGACACGAAUGACACGGCUCGCCGUCGCGAGCAAAUCCGAUUCCUUCACGAGUACUUUCAGCUUACAUUCGUCUUGGUCGUCCAGACGGAUAUGGAGCAGUGGGUCGAGCAAGCAUGUAUCUUCCCCGAUUUCCUUCUCCUGAACAUCUCGAAGUUUCUCAACUACGAUACCCGCCAAGUUCCCGGUACUAUUGCCGAGUUUACACAGCUUCUUGCCCCGAUCUUCAAUACAGAUGUCACCUCUUGCGUGACCGCUGGCAUGCAGUCUUUUGAUGAUUCUUUUGGACUUCCUUGCGCAGAUGACUUCAUCGCCCAGAAAACAAUGGGCGACUGGUUCCGGGCGAUCAUUUGGGGUCUCUACCGGCUGAUACAGAACGAGAUGCGAGAAACCACCCAUGCCGACGGAGCAGACGAAGACAAUAUGAAUGCAACUACUUUCAACAUUCAGCAAAUUCACCUACGUGGUAGAACGAUUCUAGAGGCAUGGGCCUCUGAACCUAAGACCCGGCAGUUGAGCUGCAUUAGCAGAGGCCGAGAAUUACAACCUGAUCCCGAAAGCCUGCAUGUUUCACCUUCUUGGACGCCGGCCACCACUCCUGGGAACAACUUUGUGUACCAUGGAAGCGCCGGCCACUAUACUGAUACUGUAUGGCGCGAGAGCUUUGCGAAUGCGCCUUUCUAUUCUAUGGCUGCUCUUGAUAGAACCAAUCAGAUGUCGCCUCCACCUCCCGUCAAUGUCGUGUCCACAACUUUCAGUCCUUUACGAGGGUAUCUCUGGGCAGCAUUUAAUCGUUGCCUGCUAAGCAUGAUUUCUGCUCGGAAUAUCCUCCCAAAAAUGCAGACAAACUGGACUGUGGGUGGUGCAGAGUACUCAGGCGUAGUCUUGUUCCAGUUCAACACGACGCAGCCCGCACAAUCUGGCCUUACUCACUACAUAAUCGAAGAAGGCAAAGAAGAAUCCCGAGGCGCCCGGUCACUCAGGGACACCACUUGGGCUCCUGAGGAAGUCUCUUGGGGACGCUUUCGUGAUCUUCACGGCCAGGAGGGUAGCGUGUGGCCCGAUGUCAUUCACGGUUUGGAGUACGGGGGACAGCUUCGCCAACUCACUCAUCCCAGGACCAAUAGGUGGCGUACCACUUGGAAAUAG